UUCCACCCCGGUGAGGGGAAGAGGAUGUGAUCAUGCGACCGCCAGCAGAAGGGAAAUUGUGAAAGCGAUCUGAGGUACAAAAGGCAGCCCACAGCCACCUCAGCGCGCAGAGGAGGCCCAGCUGCUGAGAGGAGGUGCCUGAGAGUGACCUUUGCAUCUGCCUGUCCAGCUAGCAUGGAACCAAAGAGGAUCAGAGAGGGCUACCUUGUGAAGAAGGGGAGCAUGUUCAAUACCUGGAAACCCAUGUGGGUUGUAUUGUUAGAAGAUGGAAUUGAAUUCUACAAGAAGAAAAGUGACAACAGCCCCAAAGGAAUGAUCCCACUGAAAGGGAGCACUCUGACUAGCCCUUGUCAGGACUUUGGCAAAAGGAUGUUUGUGUUUAAGAUCACUACAACCAAACAGCAGGACCACUUCUUCCAAGCAGCCUUCCUGGAAGAGAGAGAUGCCUGGGUUCGGGAUAUCAAGAAGGCCAUUAAAUGCAUUGAAGGAGGCCAGAAGUUUGCCAGGAAGUCUACCAGGAGGUCCAUUCGACUGCCAGAAACCAUUGAUUUAGGUGCCUUAUAUUUGUCCAUGAAAGACACUGAAAAAGGAAUAAAAGAACUGAACCUAGAGAAGGACAAGAAGAUUUUUAAUCACUGCUUCACAGGUAACUGCGUCAUUGAUUGGCUGGUAUCCAACCAGUCUGUUAGGAAUCGCCAGGAAGGCCUUAUGAUUGCUUCAUCACUGCUCAAUGAGGGGUAUCUGCAGCCUGCUGGAGAUAUGUCCAAGAGUGCAGUGGAUGGAACCGCUGAACACCCUUUCCUGGACAACCCUGAUGCCUUCUACUACUUUCCAGACAGUGGAUUCUUCUGUGAAGAGAAUUCCAGUGAUGAUGACGUGAUUCUGAAAGAAGAAUUCAGAGGGGUCAUUAUCAAGCAGGGAUGUUUGCUGAAGCAGGGGCAUAGGAGGAAAAACUGGAAAGUGAGGAAGUUCAUCCUGAGAGAAGACCCUGCCUACCUGCACUACUAUGACCCUGCUGGGGGAGAAGAUCCCCUGGGAGCAAUUCACUUGAGAGGCUGUGUGGUGACUUCAGUAGAGAGCAACUCAGAUGGCAGGAAGAGUGAGGAAGAGAACCUUUUUGAGAUCAUCACAGCAGAUGAAGUGCACUAUUUCUUGCAAGCGGCCACUCCCAAGGAGCGUACAGAGUGGAUCAAAGCCAUUCAGGUGGCCUCCCGAACUGGGAAGUAAAGACACACCUGCACUCCUCAUCCCCUCCUGAGGGAAGCCCAUGGACAAGCUCAGCCCAGGACCUGUCCAUUUCUGUGACAAAUCAACAGGAAAGGGCCCAGGGGUGGGAAGUUUUUGUCUGCAGGGGAUUCUGAAUGUAACUCGCCGCAUGGUGUACAAGGUUCCCCGGUAGCCCCUCUGUCCCUCUCUGUAGCCCCCAUGCAGGUAGAACAAGCUGUGCAGCCUCAGCAGGCUGCUCACCCUCUCCUAGGCCUCAGGGCCACUUCUGGAAAAUGAAGAAAUUCAGCUAGGAGAUUCUGGAGGUCCCCCCUAGCUUAAAAAAAAAAAAAAAAAAAAAAAAACUUCCCUGUGAUUCUAACACUUGCAGAAGUGAAAGUGUAUCUAGUUGUUCUGCUGGUGUCCUUCCUUAGCUAAGUCGUGGCCUUCAGCUGUCUUCAAAUGUACCAGAACCUGAGCCAAUGUUUCCCUUGUUUGAAAUGGUUUCUGAUCUGUAGUAUAGUACCAGGAAGAAACCUCUUUUGUUUUCUUUAUUCAUCUUCUACUUGCUCUUGGCCUUCAGAUCCUGUAACCAAAUGAAGGAGAGCUCUCUCUGUCUUCCUCAUCCUACUCAAAAGUGUCCCUAGAGCAGUGGUGGCUUUGAGGGUUUUGCCUUCUAUUACUUUUCACAGCCUGGGAAGUUGUAUCUUCUGGGAAAGAGACGCGGGGAGGCCAGGAGUAGCUGAGGGUCCUUUCUGUGCCCUGAAGCCACCCAGAGGAGCCCUAGUCCACUCUGGUUUGAGGCUGAUCUGAGAGGGUCUCCUUUUGUUCCUUUCUGGAGCAUUUCUCUAACAUUUAUUACAAUUAGGAGGGGACCUCCACAUUUGUGAGAUUUUGUUUCAUUUGAGAUUUACAGAAAAAAAAAGUGGCCAGAUGGGUUCCCCCCCCAUGGGUGAGUGUCCUGGGCAACUGUCUGGUGAGUGUGUCUCGCCACAGCUGCAGGAAGUGGAGGUGCUAAACUACCGGCCCUUCCACUUGCUGGGAGGGGUUAAUAUCACAACUGCACUGAAAGGACUUAGAGCCACACAAAACUUCUGAGAGGAGCUGUUAACAUGGAGCAGCACCUUCAGUUCUCCACUUAAUGAUAUUGUGUUUGUGCCUGAGCUUUAAGCACAAGCAGUAGCAGCUCCUGCUUGAGUUCUGAGGGUGUCAUGACCCUAUGAGUAACCAAAGUGAGCUAACCUAGACUGAAAUUGGGAACUUACUUGCAAUUUUUGACCCUGACCACUAACUAAUGAUUCUUUUCCAAAAUUGAGAAAGACAGCACCCCUUGAACCAGAUAUGUAUGUGAAAACAUAUUUUUCCAUUCCAGAGUUUUAAUUUUAAGGCCCCAGGAAGGAAAGGAGAGUAGAACACUUUUCCUGAUUUUAUCAACUCCUCUCUUGCCCUCCUUCAAUUCCCCUGUAACAUCCCUGAGGCUGUUCCUACUCCCAGAUUUUUUUUUAUCAGUAGCCUAGAGGUAAAGAACUUUUUCUCUGAUUUUUUAAUAAAUUGUCUUUAUAGAAUAUGCACAAGUUUUUCUACACUCAGUGUUAAAAUAUUUAUUAAAAGGAAGUCAACUUAAUGUUUUGAAAUAAAUAUAUGACUGUGUUUAAUGCA